AUGGCAACAGUUUGUUUACAUAAUUUUCUAAGAGGAGAUGAUGACAAUUUGUGGCAACCAGGAGAAUUGGAAAACAAUGACACAACAUUAUGUAUGCAAAACAUACCCAGAGUUGGGGGAAAUGCAACAAAUGAAGCAUUUGCUAUAAGAGACGGAUUCAACUCUUAUUUUAAUUCAAAUGAGGUAAGAGUUUUAUGGCAAAAUGAUACAAUCCAAAGAGGACGACUACAUAACAUUUCAAUUUUAAAAUAUUUUAAGUAG